AUGCCUGGAAUUUGGCCCCCCGAGGAAGCGGAAGAGCCGAUUUUCUUCCCGAACGACAAUAGCGUGAAGUCGAACAACGGAGGCAACGAAUUACAAAGGGACGAAGUUAAAUCGGCCGACCAUAAAGAAGAGAGAAACACACCUGUUGGAGGCAUGCCACAACACACAAAAAAUCGCGAUGACGGUGUAAUCGGCAGUGGUGCCGGUGGCGGCCACCGCCUGAUAAGUCUGCUAGUGGGCGCAUUAUCGGCGGCCACUGUACUGGCCGGCGCGUCAGUGGCAUUCGUGAUGGUCCGCCGACGUCGGCUGAUCCAGCAAGUGUCGCGGCGCAGUCGGAGUUCGUCUUUCCAAGAGUGCACUGGUGACAAACCACAUCUGCCACCCGCCAUACACCUGACGGAACUUCCGGUGCGGGUGAACGCCAACGGACACGUAUAUGGUCAAGUAGACUUGGACGACGACUCGGACAAGAGCAACAGCAAUUACCAAAGACCAUACGGUGUGGCACGCCGACCAUCGGUGCUCUUAAGUCCAGAUUACACGGAUGUUCGAGACAUCGUCGCCCAGGAAGAAUAUGCCAUACCACACGUUCGACGGUCGGCGUCCAAAACUUUAACACUUCACAGAAGUCAGAUGUCCGUUCACGACGACUCGUUGCCGCGCCAUCACCAGACGCUGGAGAAGUAUUACGCCGCAUCGGAUAUUUGCCAGGUGAAUGCCCCUCCGCCACCCCGAUCGCCGCCUCCCACGUCAUCCAGGUCGAGCAGUAGCCGGGGAGGAGGUGCCAGCAACGCGUCCACUUGUCCGCUUACCAGGUCCGACGACACGCUUUGCCAGUUACCGCCGGAAAUCCCCCGGGAAUACCUGGGCGUCGUCCAAACACUGACCAAGACGCAUUUUGGAGAGGUACAUUUGUGCGAAAUGAAAACGCCAUCUGACGAAAUGCUACAGCCAGCGACGUCGUCCGUCAAUAAGACGUGCAAGUUGGUCACCGUGAAGUCGCUGAGAAAAGGCGUGUCCGAAUCGACCAAGCACGAUUUCUACGACGAAGUUGAAUCCCUAUGGAAAAUCAGAGACCCGAAUAUCACUAGAGUACUGGGAUGCUGCCUAACCGAGGAACCAUUCUGUUUAAUAACCGAAUUUAUGCAACACGGUGAUCUGAAUCAGUUUCUUCAGGAACACAUCGCCCUGACCGCUGCACCGAUACCGCCAUACGCGAAAACCUUAAGUUAUGGAUGUCUAAUACACAUGGCCACCCAAAUAGCUUCGGGGAUGAAACAUUUAGAGGUCAUCAAUUUCGUACAUCGCGAUUUGGCUGCCAGAAACUGUUUGGUCGGCCCUAAUUAUACGGUCAAAGUGUCCAAUAUGAGUCUGAGCAAAAGCGUAUACUCAGCUGACUAUUUUGACUUUGAGGGAAGACCUUCGCUACCGAUCCGCUGGAUGUCGUGGGAGAGCAUACUUUUGAACAAAUACACACCGAGGAGCGACGUAUGGUCGUUUGCCGUCACGUUGUGGGAAAUACUGACUUUUGCCCGAGAACAGCCUUACGAAGAGCUCAGCGAUCAACACGUCAUCGACAACGUCACCAGACUGUACCAGAACGACGGCAAUUUUAUCCUGUUGCCUCAGCCGAUCAAUUGCCCCAAAGAAAUUUACGAUCUCAUGUGCGAGUGUUGGCAGAGAGACGACAAAAGCCGUCCGAAUUUUCGCGAAAUACAACUGUUCUUGCAGCGGAAAAAUUUGGGAUAUAAACCCGAAUGUGACCCUUAA